UUCUCCUCAACCUUUAAUUUCUCUAGCAGAAGCAAAAAGAAAAAGAUGGUUCUAAAAAAUGAACAUAGCUAUGACAGAAGAAGUGAAUUAAUAGCUUUUGAUAACACACAAGCUGGUGUUAAAGGACUAGUUGAUGCAGGAGUUACAAAAGUACCCAAAAUUUUCUACGUACCAAAAGAUGAUGCCUAUUCAAAUAAUCCUGAAGAAAACCAAUUCAGUAUUCCUGUUAUAGACUUAGAUGGCAUAAGUAAAAAUCCAACACAACAUAAGGAAAUCAUCAAAAAAAUACGUGACGCAUCGGAAGCGUGGGGUUUUUUUCAAGUGGUAAAUCAUGGAAUUCCUCAAAGUGUUAUGGAUGAAAUGUUGAAUGGUGUUAGGAGAUUUUACGAGCAAGAUACUGAGGUGAAGAAACAAUGGUAUACGCGAGAUACAUCGAAAAAAUGUGUGUAUAAUAGUAAUUUUGAUCUGUUUAACUCUGCAUCAGCUAACUGGAGGGAUACUACUUAUUGUAAUAUGGCUCCAUACCCUCCUUCUGCUGAUGAAUUGCCAGAGGCUUACAGGUAUUUAUUUACUCGUUGUUUUGAAAAUUACACUGUAUAUAUAUAUAAAGUUCUUGAAUUACUCUCUGAAGCGCUUGGUCUUAACCCGAGCUAUCUGAAUGACAUUGGUUGUUCAGAGGGGCUUGCGGUUUUGUGUCAUUGUUAUCCAGCAUGCCCUGAACCAGAGCUAACUCUUGGAGCUGGCAAGCAUUCAGACAGUGACUUCCUUACAGUGCUGCUACAAGAUCAUUUAGGAGGCCUUCAAGUUCUUCAUAAGAAUUGUUGGGUUGAUAUUCCUCCUGUCUCUGGUGCACUAGUAAUAAAUGUUGGUGAACUUUUACAGCUCAUAUCAAAUGACAAGUUGAAGAGCGUUGCACAUAGAGUACUGGCAAGCCGUGUUGGCCCAAGAUUAUCGGUGGCUAGUUUCUUUACCACGGGUCAUUCGUUAUCAUCAAGAGUUUAUGGACCAAUUAAGGAGUUGUUAUCAGAAGAUAAUCCUGUGAGGUAUAGGGAAACUAGUGUGAAGGACUAUGCAGAUCAUUAUGAUGCAACAGGGAUAGGAGGGAAAUCUGCUUUGUCAGAUUUUACGAUAUGAAACAUUUGUUAGUCUGUAGCUGUUUGAUCCUACAAUCAGUUAUAUUGUACUGAAUUAAGACAUACAAGUGUGUGAUCUACUGUUAUUUUGAUCUGAAUCUACUCAUUAUAGCCCACUUAAAUAUGAGAGUUUACUAUACAAGUGAAGUCUCAAGUAGACAAACAAUGAACAUGCAUUGAAGAGUGAAGACCCUAAGGAAACAGAAAUUCACAUCAGAUGCAAGUAAUAUUUCGUUAA